AUGUCUGACUGGCCAACUAAGAAGAACGAGCCUGGGUGGCUGCAAAAGCGCUUUAAGUUCCCUGCGGGUCCCCCACAUAAAGUACCUCCUCAAGUUGUUUUCCUGGGAUCGAAUCCAGCGCUUUCAGGAGCUCUAUGCGGUCCUACGUUGUCAAACGAUGCGAUAUCUCAUGCGGCCGCAGCAAACUCGAUUCAGAUUGCACCGAAUACGAUAGGAUUGGGAGGCAAUGCGAUGCUUCAAGGUCAUCAGCUCCUAAACGUACCUGGCCUUGGAUUAUUUCUAACCAAUGCUAGCGCCCCAGGAACUGCUCCGCCGUACCCGAUUCCGCAGCUAGGAGCCAACCAUCUCAGUAUUCCUCAGACUGGUCCAGGAACAGUUCAUGGCGCCCCUCCACCGGUUUCUAGCACCCAGGCAACCGCUUCGACUGUCCCAGCUGCUCAUGCGACUACCGGCCAACCGAGUAUCUCAAAUACCUCGGAUGUCUUACCAUCACAUGGGCCGGUGGGCCAGAAGCUGGAAAGGUCAGGCCAUGGACAGCAGAUGCAAAGCGCGGCAGAGAAUGCAAAGGACGUGCAGGACUGGCCCAAUGGCAUCGUGAAACGGGAGGUUGAACAGGGUGCCGAGCCUCCGGGAUGGAAAGACUCGAAAUGGGUGUGGACAUCGCAAUCGUGCUUGAAGUGCGGCCUUACCGGUCCUAGCGCAAAGAGUGUUGUUACUUGCUCCAUCUGCAACGGUACCAGCCACCUGUGCAUCAAAGGUGGACGUUGGGACGAGCUUAUGAUGGGUACCUAUAUCCUCGUUGAUAUGAGCUCCGUGGUACGAUACAGACGUGACAAGUCGGUAAUGUGGUUCCCUGCCAAGAUUAUUUCGAGGAAGGGAAUUGCAGUAACACUCGAAUGGCACGAAGCGAAUCUUUGGCCACCUAAAGCACCCUUGAUCGACCGUACAUUUACCCUUACUGUACUGGAGUGCUCCGAGGCGAGAUACCGUCAAUAUACCAAGAGUGACACGCACUCCUUUGGUGCAAUAAAGUGGCCAGUAGAGCUAGUUACAGACGACCUCAGCAAGGAGCAGUACGACUACCUCAUCAAGAACGACCACCACGACAUUGUUAAGGCAGUGGAUGCAGCACUUCCAACCGUCAUCCAUAUUCUUCAAACACCACGGAUUCACCCUAUCAAGGAAGUCAUGAACUAUCAUAUGAAGCUUAUACCAUCAACUUUAAAGGGCCGCCAACGCCAGGAGCAUAUUGCACUCUUUCGCCAGUAUUUUUCGCUGCCCGUUUUUCCCGCUCAUCGCGCCCUGCUUACGGAGCACUGCCAAAGCAUUCACAACCACAUUUCUACAGGAGACGAAGGAGAGAUUGCAGUUGUUGCUCUGAUGGUGCUGUUAGAGCUGGUCAUUAUUCGCCAAUAUCUGAAAGCCACGCCCGCCCACGACGCAGAAAUCUACGAGCUCAGUCGCAUUCCGACACAAAAAGAAUACGACCUGGCGUUGGACGACGACAUCGCUUUCCGAGGCCGUAUUGUCCGUGACUUUACAGAGCACGAGAAGGCGUUCAAUUGCGCAGAUUCCAGUUCAGCACAAGGAGAGGAAAGCGCACCGGUAGCUGGAUCAACAAAGGAGAGUGCAAGUCACCUUGCACUCUUCCAAAAGCUUCAUCUCAGCCGGCACGUGGACAUGACGGAUAACACUGUCCAGGUACCCCACCCCUCAGAACUGAUACGUCUUCUCGAAGAGGACGGACAGCCCUACAUCUUAGGGUCGACAACACCUGUCAGUCAGCUCUCGAUGCAACUCGAAGACCCACCCCAACCCUCCACAUUCGGUCCCGCUCGAACAGAGCCGCUACCAUUCCCGUUGCAUCAGAACACGGAAUUGACUGGUGGUAACCAAGACACGUCAACCUUGCAGCCCAGGCUGCGACGAAUCAUGGAAGACAAGGAAUCAGCGUCCCCAGCCGGACCCAGAAAACUCGCCCAAACAAAAUUGCCCUUCAAGCCCUUGGGGACCAUGAAUCGACGUAACCCCCCUAGAGAAGCAGCUCAAAAGCGCGAGAGGCCUAGUGCGCAGCAAGACACCGACAGUAACGAGCCGCCUUCCUCUGACGACAGCGCUAAACCCAAGCAAAAGCGACGCCGUGAACAACCCAGCCUCAACAGGAGCUGA